AUGGGCUGCGGCAGUUCGUCGGCUGUGCGGGUUGCCCCAGAGCCAGAACCCGAACCUAUUCUUAUUCAUGAAACAGAGGAAGAAUCUUCCAGUGAGAUGUAUUUUGCGGCUAAUGAUCAGUUAAUAUUUACAACAGAGACUUCCCCAGUCAUGUUUAAUGAAAGCGUUUUCAUGUAUUCCACUUUGUUAACACUCGACACAUUAACACUAACAGAUUCCCCUAGUUUUUUCAAUCCCGCUGUCAAACCAACAAUCUUAGAAUACGAAUUUCAGUACCACAUUGGGCAUGGCUCGGCAUCAGAUGUAUUUUUAGUUAUCAAUAAUAAAACCAAUCUUAAAUAUGCCGCCAAAGUAUAUGAUCCCAAUUAUUUAGAUAAAAAAAUGGUUGGAUCAGGUGUCCAGCCUAUUGAUAAAGUUUAUAAUGAAAUUGAGAUUAUGACAAAGAUUAAUCAUCCAAAGAGAUGA